CCUAUUGAAUAUUUUCCAGUAAUUUUAUCUUUCAGCAAGUAAUAGGCAAGCUAAAGGACGUGAAUUUAGAAAAUUGUUCUUGACUCCAGAAUGGUGAUAGGCAUAAAUGUGUGUUUACAAUUUAUGUGACCUGACUUUACAAUGUGGUUGGGAAGGGAAUUUUUAAAUUUCAUUUUUUUGCAAGGAUUAUGAUUUUAUCCUUUAUUUGGAAGAUCAGUGUUGCUAUUGAUGCAGCCUGCUUUCUUCUAUUUUUUGUUACGGCUCAAGCAUUAUUGCUCUACUCCUUCGCCCUCAUAAUUGACAGCAGUGAAGUAAACGACAUGGAUCCUGAACUAUGGUUUUUACGAGAUAUUUUGGUAUCAAUGGGUCUUAUUCAAGUAUCAGAUUGAAUAUUUGAGACUCAGGUUUUUGACACCAUGAAAGGCACGAUGAAAGGAUUCAAGGUGUCAGAUGCGAAACGAUCUAGAAUAGUCGGAGUGGCCUGUAAAACCUUAGAAGAGUUGGUCAAUAAAGGGAGAACAAAGCUACAGAUUCCCUCAAAGUCUAAUGUUAGAGUUUUUCUACCAGAUGGAACGGAAGUAGAGUCUGAAGAGUAUUUUGUAACCUUACCAGCACAAUCAGUCUUAUUGUUAAAACAGGACAAUGAAGAUUUCUUAACAGGUGCUGAUUUGAUUUAUAACACACUAAGAUAUGUCAACAUUGAUUUUCUCCGGGCUGGUGAAAAAGUUCGAGAGUUUUUUGAUGAAAACAUCAAAGAAAAAGUUCGAGUUCUGGCUGAAGUUUUGAGUGACAAAAAGAGCACUGAUUGCAAAACAUUUUUCAGUAGAAAAGAUGAUGACCCCGACUGGUUUUUGGGUCUGGAAACCAACGCAACCACCAAAGAAGCGUUCAUGUUCCGCCGAAGUCAGGAAAGAGUACGAGGCUACCUAUAUAAGACAAAGAGUGACAUGAAAAAGUCCUCUUUAUACACAAAUAAUAAUGAGUUUAGAGAUAUAUUAGAUGACAUAUUUACAAACCUCUCAAAAACAUUAAAUAAAGAUAAAUAUUUUGGCUGUUAUUUCGACCGUAGUGCUGAAGGAGCUCUGUGUAAUGAUACUGGCGAGUUUAAAUGCUCUGGAGUCUGGAAAAGUAAGGAGUGUUUGUACAAUGGAGGGAAAAGCCAUUUGAUCAACCCCUACACGAGCAGAGAGGAAAGAAUUGUCUUUUCAACUUGGAAUCUUGAUCAUUGCAUUGAGAGGUCGCGCAGCAUCAUUCCUGCGUUGAUGAAUGCCGCAGAGUUUGUCGUCUGCAACAGAGACAAGGACUGUGAGGUGAACGUUCCGUACUUCUACUCACUACUGUUCACCAGCCAGAACCUCAGAUUAGUCCACAUCGUGUGUCAUGACAAAGGGAAACACCACUCCGCUCAGUGUGAUCCCAACAUGUUUACUGUCAAUGUUCAAUGCAAAACCAAAGACUCGCCGAAAAACAAGAAAGAAUGUGGUGAAGGACGAACAUUGGUCUGUGCAAAAUGAGGUUAACUAGGUUUUGAAGAACCUGAAAUAACUGAGUUAGUUAAAUGUAUAGAUUUGACUAGACAUUCCAUCCCAUGUUAAAGUUGUCAUCAGUUUUUAAAAUCAAAAUGGACAUAGUUGAAGUGAGCAACUGACAGAUUGCGCUGUUGUAAAUGAGCAAUUUCUGUCAAAUACAAAGGGACGGGUGGCGUCGUCCUGUAAUCCAGCUACUAGGAGGUCACGAAUUAUGGAUAUUUAAUAGUAAUGCACUCUGGAUGUGUUACUCCCUGGUGUGGAUUAACGCCCGCACUAGUGAGUACUACGACUAUCCACAGUACUAUCCUGAUAAUUAGACCAAUUCAUCAAUACCAAGGCAAAAAUGUAUUCGGAUUCCACUAUUAACUCUAGGUCCCUGAGUUGCCAUUUGCUGUAUGGGAUAUAAAUUAACAGCUGUGUCUAAGGAAUAUGUCGGUCUUAGUCACUAACAAGACUACAACCACUCAUCCUACGUUCGUCCUUCACUCAUAUUUGGGAUAAAAUAUGCACAUAGUAGUGGCGUCCCCAUCUUAAAUAAUUGAUUGAUUGAUUGAUCAAAUAGGGAGGUGAGUGACCAUCCUAGCUAUCAGUCUGACCAUAGACUAACCAAAACAAAUAGACUUCUCAUCCCAUUGUAAAUUUUGAACCUGGGUAACAAAAUUUUGUUACUUUUAUUUUAGGGUUAAUUUCAUGAUUUGGGCUUUACUGUUUGGUUAUAUAACUAGGGAACGAGUUAUUGUUUAUGAUUAUAUCAUUUUAUUUGGUAAAACAAUAUUUUAAAUGACUGAAAUAACAAGAAACAAAUUGUAAACAAAACAUGACCACUACAGUGCACCGGACAGAACUAACAAUAAAAUUGGCUUCAGCUGUUCCAUAAGGACGAUUAAUACUCCCCAUACUAGCGGAGUAUGUUUUAUCUAUAGUUUGACUGGGUUCAAAAAGAAUUCUAAAUAACAACCAUUGAUUGUUAAUACACAUUGUUAAACGUAUUGCUUAAACAUUUGUUCUAUUUUGAUAGAAUUUUUUCAUUCUUGGUGGAAGAUAGUCCAAAACUGUUGAGUAUUAUAGAUAUGUAAAUCAUUUAUACUUACGUCUAGGUAUUUAUCUAGACGUAGAAAAAAAAUAUUCUGCAUUACAAGGAAUCAAUUGAAUAAAUAAACAAUUUUAUAUGCAUGUUAUAGCUUUAGUUUUUAAUGCACAGUUAGGAUUGUGCAAUAAAAAAAUGAAUUGUUAACGUGCCAAAUUGCUAUAAAAAUCUAGACAGAUUUUACAAUUAAAAUUAAUGUGAUAAUUAGUCAUUAGGAAAUAAGUACGGAUAUAUGGUGAAGAUAUUUAUAUUUUUAGGAGUGAGCGAGCACUCAAGUUAUCAUGCUUUUAAUCAAGUAUUUCAAGAACCAAUAUCGUCUUACUGUCUUGACUGCUCUACAUGAAAACUUGAGAUACUAUCAGAGUUUAUUAACCCUUUCAGUGCUAUGAAACGAUAUAUCGUUGUUUGAAAAAAACCCUAAGGGAUAUAGAGAGGAAGGUUAUUUAAAAAAAAAAUAGCAAAACGGCCAUUGGUGACCUGCAUGUUCAUAGGAUACACUACCAACCACUUAGCUAAAAGAUUCGCCCAAUCCGAUGAUUUCGAGGUGUAUGUCUAAACCAAGGAUUAUGAACACCUCACUAUGCCCAAGUGGUUGUAGUAUAUCGCUACAAACACACAGGUCACCAAUUAUUUGCCACACAGGACGGGAUUCGAACCCGAGCAGACGAAUGCCACUGGCCAAGUGACACACGCCCUAGCCUUCUCGGCUAUCUGUGCUUGAAGACUGGGGAGUCAAAACCCGGUAUUUAAGCUGUCGCCACCGAUUGCGAACAGAUGGCGCUGCAGAUGGUUGUUCAAUGCGUUACUAGGUAGCAGCACCAGCUAGUCACGGACUAUUUAGAUGCAAUCUUUUAGUUUUAGUAGUAGUAAAUGUGUUCCUGAGACUUUGCUGCAAAACAUUAGUUUCCCUAAAAUUGCUAUAUUACAAUAACCUCGUCCAACUAAA